CGAUUGCUGAUUGGCAGCACCUGAAUGAGCCAGGACGGCGCAUAAAAACCACCACACCAUAUUGAGUCCUUUCUGCAGGAUGAGCAGCUUUUUCCAUCAGUGCACCAGCUAUUUGUAAAGCUCAUCAUUCACGGUUGACAACUUGCGUCAGGAUGGCAAAGAACGUCCUGGUUGUGUAUGCCCACCAAAGUCCUGGCUCUUUCAAUGCUGCAGUAAAAGAUGCUGCUGUAGAAGCUUUAACAACUCAGGGCUGCACUGUAAAAGUAUCUGACCUGUAUGCCAUGAAGUUUAAAGCCACUGCUACUGCUGAGGACAUAAUUGGAGAGGUUGAAAAUGCUGAACAUUUCUGUUACGCAAAAGAGACCAAACGGGCAUGGGAGGAAGGGAAACUAUCUGCUGACAUUACUGAAGAGCAGUGUAAACUCACUGAGGCUGACCUUAUCAUCUUUCAGUUCCCUAUGUACUGGUUCACUGUUCCUGCAAUCAUGAAGGGCUGGUUAGACAGGGUGCUCACGCUGGGCUUCGCCCACUCACAUGAGAAGCGAUACAGUCAGGGCCUCUUCAAGGACAAGAAAGCCAUGCUGUCCUUCACCACUGGCUCUCAUGAGUCCAUGUUCAGUGCCAAUGGAAUUAAUGGAGACAUGAAUGUUACACUGUGGCCACUCCAGAAUGGAAUCCUGCACUACUGUGGCUUCCAGGUUCUGGCCCCUCAGAUCUUCUGGGCUCCGUGUUACGUGCCGUCGGAGGCCCGCAACACCAUGCUGGAGGGCUGGCGUACGCGGCUGCAGGGCCUUCUGGCGGAGGAGCCGCUCUCCUUUACUCCCCUGGACUGCUUCGACGGCGAGAAGGGUUUCCAGCUGAGGCCCGAGUUCCAUGAGAAACAUGCCAGCAACGAGUUUGGCCUGGCGGUGGGGAUCCACCUGGGCAAGCCGCUGCCGCCAAAUAACCAGAUGAAAGCUGGGGUCUGAACACAUGGUUGUCUUCAUUUGUGUGAAUAAAUGCAGAUUCAUACAGA